AUGAUUUCAGAAGAAACGGGGAAGAUAGAAGAUUAUAUCUCGAUCUUUAGAAUUGAGUCAGCAUUUUAAGACCUUAUAUAGCGAAUUCAAAAGAAGAUAAAGAAGUUUCAACAUUUGAAAGAUGUAAUGGGUGAUCCAAAUCUAUUAAAAAAUAUUCUAGAAAAAGGUUAGGAUGGAGAAUAUAGGACGAGGAGAGGAAACAAUCGAAUUUAGAAGGGCGAUAAAAAACUAUAUCAAUGUAGAAUCUGUAAAAAGACAUAUCCAAAAUCAUAACAACUGGGAGGACAUUUAAGGAAAGGCCAUCCAAUAGACGAGGGUUUAGAAGUUGGUUAACCUUGAAAAGAAUGAGAUAAUAAUAUAU